AUGGCGAUGAUGAUGACCGGCCGUGUGCUGCUGGUGUGUGCCCUCUGCGUGCUGUGGUGCGGUGCCGGCGGUGUUUAUGCGAGGGACGUUGACAACAGCGCAGUGGGUGGCUGCAUGGCGUCAGGAGUGUUGGGUACGAGAAGAUUGUAUAUGCCAAGAUGUAACAAAACUGCUGUUACGCUGCCUUUGCGGCAUGUCUUUCCCGUUUCUGCCGUUGGAGCCUCGACUGACGGAGAAGGAGAUUCUGCUGGUGGUAGACAGAACAGUUCGAAUUCAAGGGAGACUUCCGACGCUGGUUCUCCUGGUGGUGGUCCUGCUGCUGUUACUGGUCCUGGCUCUGCUGGUGGACCUGGUGGUGCUGGAGAUUCUGGUGCUUCUUCUGGUGCCGGAGGCAGUGGAACUGCUGCUGGCGGUCACGGCGGUGGAGUCAGUUCUGCUGGAGAUCAAGGCACCGACAGCGUUUCUUCUGGUCCUUCUGCUGUUGCUCCUCCUCCUCUUCCUUCCGCUGAUCCUGGUGUUGAUUCUCCUGCCUCUUCUGCUUCUCCUCCUGCUCCUCCUUCAGGUACUCCUGCCGGUUCUGGUGCUCCUCCUCCUCCCGCUACUCCUUCAGGUCCUCCUGAUGCUACUGUUGUUGAUUCUUCAACUAGCAGCAGUGGUGGUACAGCGGGGUCACCAGGCACUAAUCCAUCUAACACAACAGGAGAAUCUCCAACAGGAGAUCAGACGCCUGCUGCAGCAGCGGCUCACAACUCCUCGCUACCCGAAGGACCGGCAGGAACGACAUCUGGCACUGGACAAAAAGAAAAACAAGAGGAAGAAGAGGAAGAAGAGGAAGAUCAUGAAAAGCAGCAGCAAAGUGAUGAAGCACAAGUCCAACAGCAACAACAGCAUGAACACCCCGCGGAAAACGGCGAAGAAUCCGCGAAAGAUAAAACCGCUAAUGGUACAAAUGCCACCGCAAAUACAGGCGACAAUGACAGCAGCACCGCGGUCUCCCACACCACCUCCCCUCUUUUGCUUCUUCUUGUUGUUGUUGCGUGUGCGGCUGCUGCUGCGGUGGUGGCCGCGUGA